UAGUCCAACAGUGUUAUGAAGAUGUACCUAGUAUGAAUUUUCAAGGCGGCUCUAAUAACUCCAGAAAUUUUCAUGGACCAGGGGGAAAUUCCUCUCUGCUAAGAGGUCCUAGUAAUAAUAAUGGAGCUUUAUUUAAUAAUGUUCAGAAUAGAGUGAACCCGUGGGAGGCUGGUUUUACUCCAGCAGGUGUUGGGAAUCGUUCUUCAGGUGGUUUACUUCCCACUCCAAAUAUACCCGCCGGGCCGGGGCUUUUACAGCAACCUGGAACUGGAACCUUGCAGAAUGUUCAAUUGGCUGUUGCCAACAAUGUCCUCAGUCUGCUUCUCCCCAAUAUGCAGCAACCUCAGCGGCACAACCAGCCUUUGUUAGGUUGCCCUAAUAGAGGAUUAUUGAGCUUGAAUCCGAAUAUCGGAGGUCAGGGGCAAGGUCCAAACCCAAAUUUUGGUCAGAGCCCUAUGGGUUUGAGGCCAAACAUAGGGCCGAACCAUGGGGGCCCAAAUAGAAGAUCAGAUGCGUACACUAAGAUGCACUAUCGUAAUCGAGAGGGACAGACUGAUGAUGGCCGCAAAUCUAACUUUUCACGUCAUACCGGGCAUCCAGGUGCUAAUCCUAGGAACAACAAUGAAAGAAAACCAAAUGCAAGAUGUGAAAGUAAGAUUGCAGGUGCAGUUAAUCAAGACAAGUGGAAGAAAGAGAUCAAUGAUGAAGAUAUUGAGAAGGAAGCUCUAGCAUAUGCUGACAUUCAUGUUGACUUUUUUUAUUGUCAUAUAUGUUCAUGCAAAUUGAGUGGCUCACUGGAAUUUGCAAGGCAUCUAAAAGGUAAAAAUCACCAAUCUAAAUUCAACCAAUGUGAGGAGAAAUACAGAAAAGAAACAGAAAAGAUGCGUGAAGAAAUGAAGGUGGAGGAGACUCAAAAUCAAAUCAAAGAAGUUAGAAUGAGAAAUGGGAAACCAAUUCCGAAAUCAUUUCGCGAACACUGUACAAUGUGCAACCUUCAUUUUUUCGGAAAUUUAAUUGCACAUCGGAAGAGCAAUCGUCAUCAACAAUUAAAAUCCUUCUUACACCCAAACUGUGAGCUAUGUGAUAAAGAAUUCUCCUCUAGGAUAGACUAUGAUUACCAUCUACUCUCUGCAGUGCACCUCAGUGCUCUAAAUGAUCAGAAACAACAACUUUCAACCCAUGUCAAAAAGAAGGAUAUACCUCUCCAAACAGAGGAAGAGAAGAAACCUUCAACCCAAAAUAAUAAAAAGACUGAUAUACCCCAAGUAGAGGAGAAGACUGUUGAUCAUCCUAAAAAAUCGCCCUCUACAAUUGCUAAUCCUUCAAUACCAAAUUUUGAUCCGAGCAAAGAAAUUGGGAUGGAAUUCCUAGAAGAAAAGACUGGUUACUUAUGUAAAUGCUGCAAUCGGUUUUUGAGCAGUAGUGCUGACGCUAAGACGCACUGUAGGUCAAGGUUUCACUUCGAUAAAUAUGUAGCUCACAUGAGCAUGAAGGACAACCAACCUGUUAAACAAUUAUUAAAACAGAAUGAAAGUCAAUGUAACAAAGUAGAACCAGAGCCUAAAGAAGUUAAAAAACACUGCCUAAAUGAUGAUGAAGAUGAUGAAGGAAACUGGAAGAGGAGGAGAAUUGUCAAAGAUGAUGAUGAUGACACCAAAGCUAAUGCAAACCAGAAAAUGGAUUCUAAAGGAAUUGAAAAACUUGCACCUGAGAAAAAUGAAGACAAGUUGACAACUAAUGUUACUGACAAAGCUGAGCCGGAUAACAUGGAUGAAGAUGAUCUAUAUGACUUGGAAAAGACACUAUUAAUAGAGGGACCAGCAUGAGAAACGCCUCUAACCAAUUUGUAAAGAUAUGUUUGAACUAAGCUCAUCUACAGUCAAGUAUCGUGAUUAUUUUUGUCCCACUUCAAGGGUGUCAAAUCUGUGCAGUGUUGCUCAAAUUUUUUGUUGAAGGGAAUGUUGUACGGGUAUUUCUGAUAUUAAAUAUGAUUAAAAAUAA